AUGGUGUCUUCCGCUGACUCCAUGUAUAUGGCUUCGUAUCCUUCUCGUUGGAAUCAGCCUAGUCAACAUCCUAUGAACGUCGACAUGGCCAUGGAGUUGGGAAGCAACAACCCCUACCAUCGCUACAUCUCUCCUUCUCCUACUCUUUCUCCCUCUUCAUCUACAUCGACGCUCAACACUCUCAGUUUAGAACGCUCACCUUCUGUGCCUUCUAUCUACUGGUCUGGUGAACUUGAGCACCAGCCAGUAGAGCCAAGGAGAAGACGAAACACAUAUCACCCUACGUACGCUCAGCAGAGCACUCAAGGCAGCCGCCAUCGCACCAGAUACCGACGCGGUUCGCUUCUUGUCACUCCAGAUGUCAUUGAUCGCCUGGACAAUGCAGGUGUCUUUCAUUACCACCAUGAGAGCCCAUACGACGCCGUCUAUGCGGAAAGAAAUCACGACGCCAAAACUAGCCCGAUUGCAGCUCUUGAAGGGUCUACCAACGAGGCUCUCAAGGCGACCCCAGAGGACAAGCUUGCCGAUUGUCUCAACAGCCAUCGCCCGUUGGAUGGAGUCGCAUUCUAUCCUCCUGGAACUACAGACAGGGAAGGACGAACCUACGAGUAUGAGGAGGGCACCAACAUGAUGAACGACUAUGGCAAUUUCGUUCGCUUCCCAGGCUUGAAAUUUACUGAAGAAGACUUCAAAAAGGACCCUUUCUACAACAGUCCGCUCCCAAAGCCGUUCGAAAUUAUCCGCAAAGCAUUCAGUCGUCAUUGCCGCAGUUGGAAGCGCAAUAAAACCACCUGA